AGCCGGCCGGACACUGACAGCUCCGUCGCUCCCUUCCUCGGCUCAUCCCCGCAUCCCCACUUCCCUCCUCCGCUCGCUGGGAGCAGCAUCCUCUGCAGACCCUCGGUCCUCACGCCCGGGGUCGUCAGGCUCCGGCUGCUCAGUUUAAUUGCCUCCCCCUCCCCGACCAACCCCGGAACUUUCUCCGCCCGCGCCCGGGAGUGGGGGACUGCCUUGCCUGGGCGGGUGUCUACUGGGGUUCACUGGGGGGCAAUCCCCGGAGGAGGGCUUCAGAGUCCCGUCGCUCACGCAGCCUGUCCCCAGCGGGCCUGCCGUCGGGUCUCGAGUCCCCUCUCUUUCCCUUUCCCCCCGACCAUGACUGAAAUGAGCGAGAAGGAGAAUGAGCCGGAUGACGCGGCCACCCACACCCUCCCGGGGACCGUCUCCGCCCUCCAGGAAACCAAGCUGCAGCGGUUCAAACGCUCACUCUCGCUCAAGACCAUCCUCCGAAGCAAGAGUUUGGAGAACUUCUUCCUUCGCUCGGGCUCUGAGCUCAAGUGCCCAACCGAGGUGCUGCUGACGCCUCCAACCCCGCUGCCUCCUCCCUCCCCACCUGCAUCCACGGACAGGGGCCUGCCCACCCCGGCCCCCUCCCCCUGCCCUGUCCCACGCCCCCUGGCACCACUGAAACCAGUAAGGCUGCACAGCUUCCAGGAACACGUCUUCAAGAGAGCCAGCCCCUGUGAGCUGUGCCACCAGCUCAUUGUGGGAAACUCCAAGCAGGGCCUGCGAUGUAAGACAUGUAAAGUCAGUGUCCAUCUCUGGUGCUCUGAGGAGAUCUCCCACCAGCAAUGCCCAGGCAAGACGUCCACCUCCUUCCGCCGCAACUUCAGCUCCCCCCUUCUGGUGCAUGAGUCGCCAUCAGCCUGUGCCACCAGCAAAGAGUCUCCACCCACUGCAGGGGCCAGCGGGAAGGUGGACCCUGUCUACGAGACCCUGCGUUAUGGCACCUCCUUGGCACUGAUGAACCGCUCCAGCUUCAGCAGCACCUCUGAGUCCCCCACGCAGAGCCUGAGUGAACGGGAGGAGCUGACCGAGGAUGGGGAAGGCAGCAUCCGCAGCUCGGAGGAGGCUCCCAGCGACAGCGUAUUCACAGCCCCAGGUGACAGCGAAGGGUCAGGACCAGAGGAGAAGAGCCCUGGACAGCAGCCCCCCAAACCUCCCCUGCGGAAGGACGUGGGGCCCAUGUACUCCUAUGUUGCACUCUACAAGUUUCUGCCCCAGGAGCACAAUGACCUGGCCCUGCAGCCUGGAGAUCGGAUCAUGCUGGUGGAUGACUCGAAUGAAGACUGGUGGAAGGGCAAGAUUGGUGACCGGGUCGGCUUCUUCCCAGCCAAUUUUGUGCAGCGGGUGAGGCCAGGGGAGAACGUUUGGCGCUGCUGCCAACCCUUCUCCGGGAACAAGGAACAGGGCUACCUGAGCCUCAAGGAGAACCAGAUCUGCGUGGGCAUGGGCAGGAGCAAGGAUGCUGAAGGCUUCGUCCGCGUCAGCAGUGGCAAGAAGCGGGGCUUGGUGCCAGCCGACGCCCUGACCGAGAUCUGAGAGGAGCCAAGAAAACUCAGAUGCCACCCCUGCCCAUGCCUGGCCCUUGCUUCUGGCCCCGGGAGGGGAGCAGACACCCUCGUCCACACCCCCCCUCCGCUGCCUCUCUCCUAGGUGCCACUCGCCAUGGCUUGGGAGCCAUCCAUACUGAGGAAGUUUUCAUUUCCUGGGUGGGGGUGCCCUGAGUGGUUUCCUCCUCCGGGACUCGGGGAGCAAGGAAGAGAAAGUAGGAAGGAAUAGGGAAGCUCCAGAUGGGUCCACUCUGAGCCCAGGUACUCCAGUCCAGUGCCACGCAGAGCCCAGCCCUGGGGGAGCAUUUCUGGGGAGCUUCUCUGCUGCUUCUUCCAGAGCGUCUUCCCCUUGCCCCACACCCAUCUGCAUGCCCGACACCGCCCUCUCCCCAGAGGGCCUCUGCUUGGGUCUGUGUGUGUGUGUGACUGCAUAUGCCCCUCUGACAGCAGGGCCUUGGGAGGGGGCUUCCCGGGGUCCCUCAGCCCUCCACCCUGGGGUGGGAGGGGAUCCGGAUCCGGGGCUGUGGAAGCAUCCUGAGCCCACCCCCUGGUCUCCCCACCUUUGUCAUUCCAUCAGUUCUCAGGAAAGUGCUGCAGGAAUCUCUCCCAUUCCUUGAAAUCCAGGCCAGCAGAGGAGGGGAGGGCUGGGGUGCAGGGAGCAGGUGGCAAAUCCUUGACUGUCCCCUCAAGCGGAACGACUAGAGCAGAGCACAAAAGCAGCCUCACCCUACCCUUGUCCACUGGAAAAGGACACCUAUGAACAGUCUGAACACAGAAACCAAACUCAAAACAAAAAACUGGCCUACGCUUGGUCAGAAACCACUCUGUUUCACUGUCAGGAUUCCAGGUGUCCCUAGUUGUGCCGGAACCCCACCCCCAGAGGCUGGGAGAAACACCCCUCAACCCGGGCCAACGGACUGAUACUUCCUGUUCCUUGCCGGGCCUCACAGGCUGCCCCUGGGGCCCCAUCCUCAGAGCUGCCCUGCAGCGGCCCCUGCUCACCCCUCUUCCCGAGCUCUGCAGGGCAGGGCUGCUGUUUCAGGAGCUCCUUUUCUAGCUGCAUCUGCUUCCAUAUCCUGGACACAGAGCCCUGGGAGACCAAGGAGGACGGUGGGCUGAUCUGUUUGGCCACAAGGAACCCCUGGGGUGGGACACACACAGAGGACCCUCCCUUGCAGGCUGCUUUACUUUGGUGCCACCUUCCCCAAGCUCAGAGCCUCCUCUCAUGCCCUUGAUCACGCCAGCCAAUGCCACCCCCCAUCCUGGGCACAGUCUCUCCCUCUCUCUCUCUCUCUCUCUCUCUCUCUCUCUCUCUCUCUCUCUCACACACACACACACACACACACACACACACACACUGGGAGGGACACAGACUCCCCUAUCCAACAACCCCUGCCCCUUCUACCCUACAGAGGGGGCUCAAGCCACACUGCCCUGUUUGCUGCCAUGAGGUCCCCCCUAGCAAUAUCCCAGGGGCGGGCCCAGUGCCCACUGUACAUGAGGCUGCAUGAUGGGUCUGCUGGGGCAUUGCUCAGCCCCCAGACCCCUAAUUAAAUGUUUCUU